AUGGCCAUAGCUCAGGCAAUAAUUCACCCAAUUUUCUUCGUCAUAAUCCUUAUCAUCAUAACUUUCCCUGUGAUACAUUCCAUGUCAGAAACCGAAGCUUUGUUGAGUCUCAAAAACUCGUUGUCCAAUACACAAGCUUUGGAUAGUUGGGUGGCUGAUUCUGUGCCUUGCACUGAAGAUGAUCAAUGGGAAGGUGUUUUUUGCUACAAUGGCAUUGUCUCGGGGCUUCGCCUUGGAGGAAUGGGGUUAUUAGGAGAUAUAGAUGUUAAUGCAUUGCUUGAACUCAAGGGUCUUCGAACUAUUAGCCUUGUCAACAACUCUUUCUCAGGUUCCAUACCACAGUUCAACCGAAUAGGUUUCUUGAAAGCCAUAUAUUUGUCAGGAAACAAGUUUUCUGGGGACAUUCCUCAAGAAUACUUCAAGGGAAUGAGGUCUUUGAAGAAGUUGUUGCUUUCUGACAACCAAUUCACGGGUCAUAUUCCAUCAUCAUUGGCUGAGAUUCCUCAGCUUAUGGUGUUGCAUCUUGAGAACAACCAGUUUAGUGGAAGUAUUCCUGAUUUGAAUAACCCAUCAUUGGUGCAACUCAAUUUGUCCAACAACAAUCUAGAGGGUAAAGUUCCAGCUAGUUUGUUGAAAUUCAACGAGAGUUCUUUUGGUGGAAAUCCGGGUCUUUGUGGUAACAUGUUUGGUAGAACGUGUGAACUUGUUGAUGAACGAAGUAAUGCAGGAUUGAGCAAUGUUGCGGGUAAUGUGUCUGAGCCAAAUAGGAGUAGGAGUAGCAUGUUGGAGAUUGUUGUCUUUGUGGUGGCUAGUGUAGUGAUUGUCUCACUUAUUGUCUUUUUAAUUGUGAGAUCGAGGAGAAAGAAGAAUGAGGAUGUUGAUAUGAUUAGUGCAGUGGAGGUUCAGGUAGCUGCUGCACCAGUGAAAAGGGACGUGGAUACAUCAGUUAAAAAAGCAUCAUCAAGCAGAAGGGGAGGAUCCAGUCAUGGUAAGGGCGUUGGAGAGGUUGUGAUGGUGAACAGCGAGAAGGGUGUGUUUGGAUUACCAGAUUUGAUGAGGGCAGCGGCUGAAGUGCUAGGAAAUGGAGGGCUUGGAUCUUCUUAUAAGGCUGUGAUGGCUAAUGGAGUGGCUGUGGUUGUGAAAAGGAUAAGAGAUAUGAAUAUAUUGGAAAAAGAUGGUUUUGAUGCAGAGAUGAGGAAGCUAGGAAAGCUCAAACACUGGAAUAUCUUGACCCCUUUAGCUUAUCAUUACAGAAAGGAAGAGAAACUAGUGAUCUCUGAGUAUGUUCCCGGAGGCAGUCUAAUGUAUUUGCUGCAUGGUGAUAAGGGUCCAUCCCAUGCUGAACUAGAUUGGCCGGCACGUUUGAAUAUUGUUCAAGGAAUUGCUGAAGGGAUGCGUUAUCUUCUCACAAAUUUUGCUUCUUCUGAUCUACCACAUGGCAACCUCAAGUCCAGCAAUAUACUCCUUGGACCAGAUUAUGAUCCACUGCUUGUAGAUUAUGGGUUUAGCCAUAUGGCCAACCCUUCAAGUGUUGCACAAACACUAUUUGCUUACAAGGCACCUGAAGCAGCACAAGGCCAAAUUUCACCUAGUUGUGAUGUUUACUGCCUUGGAGUUGUAAUACUUGAGAUACUCACUGGGAAAUACCCUUCUCAAUAUCUUAGCAAUGGCAAGGGUGGAACUGAUGUAGUGCAAUGGGUUGCAACAGCAAUCUCUGAGGGAAGGGAAGCAGAACUACUUGAUCCUGAAAUUGCAAGCUCUAGGAAUUCACUAGGUGAAAUGGUGCAACUCCUUCACAUUGGUGCUGCUUGCACUCAAAGCAACCCUCAGGAACGGUUAGAUAUGGUGGAAGGUAUUAGAAGAAUAGAGGAGAUUAAAACCAAUGGUGGCCUAGAAUCAAGAACAAUAGAGGUCUUGCCAUCUCUUAGAGAUGGCUAUGCAGACUCUCAUGUAUGUGAGAGCCAAGAAAAUGGUGACCAAUCAAGGACAAGGAGUAGACAUGGAACAAACAGCUUUGGAAGCCAGGGUAAUUUUGAAUUUGGCAUCUCCUAG